GGCGUCCUUAUUGGAGCCGGGUAUGGAUCUAUCAGGAGAUAAUCGUAUCCAAUCGGAUAUGGAUACAAUGCGGAACAAUAAAAGUUUCGUGGGAUGAUUUUUACUACGCUAUGGUUGUAGCUCUAAGUACCAGCACAGGCUAUUUUGGUGCAGGAUAUGAUAAUGUGAUCAAGAAUCGUCUUGAAGAUUUCUAUUGGGAACGACUUGCGUAUCGAAAGUCACUUGGAAAUGACGAGAAAUCAUCACUACCACUGUGGGGUUCAUCGCAUAUACCUGAAGAUGGAAGACGAUUGAACCUCCUUGAUCUUCUUGUAACCAAGAGAGGUUAUAUGGCCUCGGACAGUCGAGACAUGAUAUAUGCACUUUCUGGCAUUGCUAAAAAACCGAAAGGUACACAGCCAUUUACGAUAAGUUAUGAAAAAUCACCUCGCCAAGUAUAUUCAGACGUUGUCAAUUAUCUCAUUGAGACUGACAAGAAUUAUAACGUUUUGAGUCAUGCAGAACAACACUUCAAUCAUGCCUCUCAUAUUCGACCAUUCGUGCCAUCAUGGGUGCCAGAUUGGACAACCCGUGCAAAAUACAAACAAAAGAUUGUUGACUGGGUUGAACCUCUUGACAAAUCAACAAGUGCCAUCUCGAAUAGUGCAUAUCUUGAAGAUCAAGGAGUCCUCGCUUGCGUGGGCUACGAAAUCGGCAUCAUAAACCUCAUUACUGACUACCCUCGUGAUAUCCAACGCAGUGGUGAAGGCAGAGUAGGUCGGAUACUGUGGAAAGAGUGGAAAGAUAAAAAGCUUCCGGAUAGUGUUUUGGAACUUUUCAAUCGUUUACAUCCCUUGAUAUACAAUCGAAGAUAUGCCGAAACGCUUGGAGGUAUCUGUUGCAUGGUACCAGAAGGGACACAAACUGGUGAUGUUGUCUGUCAAUUCAUUGGGAGUUCAUUACCCUAUAUUCUAAGGCCAAUUCCAUCGACAAAAAUCAAGUCUGAAAAAGGAUGGAGAGCUUGGAAAACAUUGCUGCAUCUCCCUCGCUGGUGGAAUAACUCGACGGUACCAACACAAGAACUCCCUACCAAAUCCUUAGAUGCCAAAAUCUCAGCCAUACUACAAAACAAAACAUCAGGAUACCGAACUCUCGAAAUUAGACACUGUAAUUUUGUGGGAGAAUGUUUUGUGGAUGGAUUGAUGAAUAAUGAGGAUAGUCAAACUCAUCAACGACAACAUUCUCGAGAGAAGACAGCAUUCGCAAUGCAUUGAAAAGAGCAGAUGAGAUUCGCUGGUACACUGACUUCGAAUGUAAAAUCAACUUGUAAUAGCUUUCACUCCUGAGAGCUUCGUUGUGACGUCUUUGAUCAACCAAAAGCAUAAGGAUCAUGUCAUGUAUCUUGCCCCCCUUCUUCCCAUUUCGUCCUACUUGCUUCUACAAAGCUCUUUUGGUAAGACAACAACGCUUGGAGUAUGUUCUCAUAAUUACAUUCAAGGGGGAUGGCUAAGGUCA